CUGCAUCAUGGCGGAAGCAGAGGGGCAGGAAACUGAGUCUCUCGAAGAAUCUACAGAUGAGUCUGAGGAAGAAGAAAGUGAGGAGGAACCCAAACUGAAGUAUGAAAGGCUUUCCAAUGGGGUAACUGAAAUCCUUCAGAAGGACGCAGCUGGCUGCAUGACUGUCCAUGACAAGUUUUUGGCACUGGGCACACAUUAUGGCAAGGUUUAUUUACUUGAUGUCCAGGGGAACAUCACUCAGAAGUUUGAUGUAAGUCCUGUGAAGAUAAAUCAGAUUAGCCUGGAUGAAAGUGGAGAGCACAUGGGUGUGUGUUCUGAGGACGGCAAGGUGCAGGUGUUUGGACUAUAUUCUGGAGAAGAAUUUCAUGAGACUUUUGACUGUCCCAUUAAAAUCAUUGCUGUGAACCCGCAUUUUGUGAGGACCAGCUGCAAGCAAUUUGUGACUGGAGGGAAGAAGCUGCUGCUGUUUGAACGAUCUUGGAUGAGCAGAUGGAAGUCGUGUGUUCUGCACGAAGGGGAAGGGAACAUACGGAGCGUGAAGUGGAGAGGCCAUCUGAUCGCUUGGGCCAAUAAUAUGAUCUGCUCAGUGAAGGAGCGUCAUGCCAGCGAAAUGAGGGACUUACCGAGUCGCUAUGUUGAAAUAGUGUCUCAGUUUGAAACCGAAUUCUACAUCAGUGGGCUUGCACCUCUCUGUGACCAGCUUGUUGUGCUUUCCUACGUCAAAGAGGUUUCAGAAAAAACGGAGAGAGAAUACCGUGCCAGGCCUCGACUGGAUAUCAUCCAGCCGCUUCCUGAAACCUGUGAGGAGAUCUCUUCAGACGCUCUCACCGUGAGAGGCUUUCAGGAGAAUGAGUGCAGAGAUUAUCAUCUAGAGUACUCUGAAGGGGAGUCACUCUUUUAUAUCGUGAGUCCAAGAGACAUUGUCGUAGCCAAGGAACGGGACCAAGAUGACCACAUUGACUGGCUCCUUGAAAAGAAGAAAUACGAGGAAGCUUUGAUGGCAGCUGAAAUCAGCCAGAAGAACAUUAAAAGACAUAAGAUUCUAGACAUUGGCUUGGCAUAUAUAAACCACCUGGUGGAGAAAGGAGAGUAUGACAUAGCAGCACGCAAAUGCCAGAAAAUUCUUGGGAAAAAUGCAGCACUCUGGGAAUAUGAAGUUUAUAAGUUUAAAGAAAUUGGACAGCUUAAGGCUAUUAGUCCUUACUUGCCAAGGGGAGACCCAGUUCUGAAACCACUCAUCUAUGAAAUGAUCUUACAUGAAUUUUUGGAAAGUGAUUAUGAGGGUUUUGCCACUCUGAUCCGAGAAUGGCCUGGAGAUCUGUACAAUAAUUCAGUAAUUGUUCAAGCAGUUCGGGAUCACCUGAAGAAAGAUAGUCAGAAUAGGACCCUACUCAAAACUCUGGCAGAACUGUACACCUAUGACAAAAAUUAUGGCAAUGCUCUGGAAAUAUACUUAACAUUAAGACAUAAGGAUGUUUUCCAAUUGAUCCACAAGCAUAAUCUUUUCAGUUCCAUCAAGGAUAAAAUUGUUUUAUUGAUGGAUUUUGAUUCUGAGAAAGCCGUUGACAUGCUUUUGGACAAUGAAGAUAAAAUUUCAAUUAAAAAGGUGGUGGAAGAAUUAGAAGACAGACCAGAGUUGCAACACGUGUAUCUGCAUAAACUUUUCAAGAGAGACCAUCAUAAAGGGCAGCGCUACCAUGAAAAGCAGAUUAGCCUUUAUGCUGAGUAUGAUCGACCAAACUUACUUCCCUUUCUCCGAGAUAGUACCCAUUGCCCACUUGAAAAGGCUCUUGAGAUCUGUCAACAGAGAAACUUUGUGGAAGAGACAAUUUAUCUUCUGAGCCGAAUGGGCAAUAGCCGAAGUGCCCUGAAGAUGAUCACGGAGGAGUUGCACGAUGUUGAUAAAGCGAUUGAAUUCGCCAAGGAGCAAGACGACGGAGAACUCUGGGAAGACCUGAUUUUAUAUUCCAUCGACAAACCGCCAUUUAUUACUGGCUUACUAAACAACAUUGGCACGCACGUAGACCCAAUUCUCCUGAUUCAUCGUAUUAAGGAAGGAAUGGAGAUUCCCAAUUUGAGAGACUCCUUGGUUAAAAUUCUGCAAGACUACAAUUUGCAAAUCCUGCUUCGUGAAGGCUGCAAGAAGAUUCUCGUAGCCGACUCUUUGUCCUUACUGAAGAGGAUGCACCGGACUCAAAUGAAAGGCGUUCUGGUCGAUGAGGAAAACAUCUGUGAGUCGUGCCUUUCCCCUAUUCUUCCGUCAGAUGCCGCUAAGCCCUUCAGCGUGGUGGCCUUCCACUGCCGCCACAUGUUCCACAAGGAGUGCCUGCCCGUGCCCAGCAUGAAUUCGCCCGCACAGUUCUGCAACAUCUGCAGCGCCAAGCACCGCGGACCAGGAAGUGCCAUCUUGGAGUUGAAGAAAUAGCCCGGUUCGGCUGGUGACCCCUCCUCCCCGUGCUCUCCAAGACUGUUUUUGCAACAGUGGCAGCAUUCAUGGACACCAACGCUGUUCAGAGAUCUGUGCGUGUUUAGGUCACGCUCAGAAGAGGUGUGUUCAUCUUUGCCUGCCUGCUCGGGGCUUCUCUCUGCAGGUGACGUUAGGGUUCCCCCCUGUCCCUGCCUGGGGCUCACACUCCACACUCGGUCGUUGGCUGGGUUCGUUCUUUAGGAACAGAAGAGAAGGGAGCGGGGUGGAAGGGAGGUUCUGGACCCUAGCGAGGCUUUCCGGCCGUCGAGUGCACUGCCGAGAGCCGUCCCCGCUGCCUGGGCGCAGCUCCAGGACCUGCCCAGCAACUUGGACCUGUUUCCACGGCCUCUGCUUAAUCAGCCCUCCCAUUCUGGGGGUGGCUUCGGUUUAUGGCAUCAGCUGUGCUUCUCUUCUUAAUAGGCAUCUAAUGAAACACUGUGUAAAUUGUCACUUAGUCAAGGACAUCUGGGAAUACCAGGCGCAGGCUGACGUCAUGCUGUUUCACGUUGACUGAUCACGUGUUCUGUGUGUCCUGACGACCAGCCGUGUCCGGCCC